CUGCGGGAAACUAAUUUGUUGUUCCUUCGUGUUCAACAAAAUGCCGCCUUGUUGCAUUGCUGGAUAUUGCUCAAACACUUGGGAGGAUUGAGUUACCCUUCAUAAGAUUCCAAGAUACCGGUUCGUCGUGAAAAAUGGAUUGCAUGGGUGCAAAAGACGAGAGCUUCGUGGGUUCCAAAUGACAGGAGCUCUUGUCUCUGCGGAUGGGGAAUGAGACGUCACUGCGUUUCCUGUUUCUCGCAGCACUCUGAAGAGGACUGUGCAAACCAUGUGAGACAGGCGGUCUCGCUCAAGACUGCUAUACUUCCUCGCGCUUCUUCUAUGACAGGGCUUUACAAAAAAUGAUGGGAGAUUUCUGGAAACACUGAAAAAACUUCCUCAGCUGAUGGUGACGAGCUGAUGAUGAUGAUGAUGAUGAUGAUGCCAUGCAGUAUUAUAAACCUUCUUUCAGAUGACCAGCGACAACUCAUUGGAUGUUAGUCCGUUCUUCCAACAUGGACUUGGUUUUUCUAAUGAUGGUCUCGUUUUCCAUACAAGGACACAGUACCACACAGCUGCCGGAACCUUCCAUUCAUUCUUGCAAUAAAGAGUGUCCACCGGGUUACCAUAAAGGAAACUCUGACAACCCCUUUUUGAAGAACAGAUGUAAAAAAUGUGGCAGUCACACAUUCACAGCAAAAUGCAAUAGCCUGGAGGAAUGCCUGAGGUGUAACGUGUGCGGUCUGGAAGUACAGCCAUGCUCCUUUAACAGUGAUGUAGUGUGCGAGUGCAAGGAGGGAUUCUACAAUGCAAGGUCCCAAGAGAGCCUCAAUUGCCUUGCAUGUAGAGAUUCUGAAAAGAGCGGUCAUGAGCAACAGAAGUGUGAGGCUUGGUUCAAGGAACAGUGCUUGAAAAAUGCAGAAUGCAAGAGAAAAUGUACAGCUACAACUGCAGCUGUCUUCGUAGCCACUUUAACAACGACAAGACAUUCCAGUGCAAAACAGAACACAUCAUCACUAAAUCCAAAUCAGCUUCACGCAGCAGGUUGUGGCCAAUGGAUGUUCAUCUUCCUGGCUCUGAUUCUAUUUUCGCUUCUGGUGUUCUGCAUCUGCUUUGCCUUCUACUUGUGGUCUUUUCCCACCUGGAGAAUCAACAUGAGCGAUGAGAGCCCUGCUGAAGUUUACAAUGAAGCUCACAGCCGUCCAGACAGCAGCCCAGCCACGGUGACAUUUGACGUGUUUGAGGAAACCCUCAUGACGGCAGCCUGUCAGAGUUCUCCAACACCAGCACAUCUUGACCACAACGAUGCUUCCCACACAUGCUCCCCACACAAAGAUGACAGAGUGGAGGAGCCAAGCGGGCGCUGGCCGCCCAACGUCCUCUACGUUAUCAUUAAUGAGGUCCCUCUGCGCCGGUGGAAGGAGUUCUUGAGGAUGCUGUCGGUGGCAGACCAGCAGGUGGAACGUGUGGAGUUUGAUGCCGGCUUGGGCCUCCUGGAGAAGCAGUACCAGAUGCUCCGGCUGUGGAGCCAGCGCUCCUCUGCCAGCCUGGAACACAUCUUUUCUGCCUUGCAUUCCAUGAAUUUGUCCGGCUGUGCUCAGAUGCUGCAGGAAAGCCUUGAGAGACUUCAGAGGCACGAUCAGACAAAGGAUGAAUUCACAGCCUGCUGAGAUUUCCGGUCAAGAAAAGAUUGUAUUUGCUCAAGACUUGAAUAUUAGCAAUGACUAACAGGGAACUCAAAUGGCAAUAUCACACGUUAAUUUUAUUUAUUACACAACGGAUCAAGAUCCAUUGUCCUUUUCUUUCAAUUUCCAGUGUUCUUCAGUAUUUACAUGAACUUUUACUGACAACUCUUGUUUCAGAGUACAACUGCAAAACAAGUUUGGAAGUGCCAGCCAUGGCAUGUCGAUCUAAGCGAAGAGGGCUUGCAGGGGUACCAUUGACCCCUGCAUAUCUCCAGUUAUAUCCUUGCGUAUUUGCAGAAUUUUUGGAGGAACCAAACCUCCUUGUUGAGUAACAGUAUUUCUUUGGUGCAGGGGAAGUCAUUGGAAGUGAGUUGAGGAGCAUGAAGGAACGUGAAACAGGGAGUUUUAAUCAUGAUAGCAACGGAUUUGGACAAAAGCUAGAUAUUUCCCCAUCUAUGUCCUUUUUUAUGAGCGAUUUUUCUUUUUUUCCGUUGUUUGCAAAUGGGUGGUAGGGUGAUGCAGCUGUAGAGCGUUGGACUCACAGUUCUGAGAAUGGGGUUUCAAAUCCUGACCCUGCCUGUGUGGAGUUUGCAUGGUCUCGCAGUGCCUGUGUGGGUUUUCUCCGGGCACUCCGAUUUCCUCCCACGUCCAAAAAACAAGCAUUGAUUGGUGACUCUAUAUUGCCCCUAGGUGUGAAUGUGAGUGCGACCAUGUGCUCUGCAAAACCCCCGUGAGAAUAAGCGUUUCAGGAAAUGGAUGGAUGGAUAGAUUUUUGCAAAUGAUUCAUGGUGAACGUUUUUGUGAUUUAUCAGCUGGCUGGCAACCAGUUCAGGGCGUACGCCGCCGGAUUGGCUCCAGCACGCUCGUGACCUUAGUGAGGAUAAGCAGUCGAGAAAAUACUUUUGUACAUGUCAGAGUUUGUACUUUUUUUCAUUAACUGCAGAAGUUGAGUCAAUACUUCUACUUUUACUCUUUUUUUUUUAAUGGAAGCAUCUAUUUCUACUGAAGUAUCAAGUUUGAGAACGUUUGCCACGUCUGACAACAUACAAGUAUGAUGUUACAUUCACAGACCAAACACGUUUUUCAUCUCUUUAGAAAUGAGAUUCGUGCAUGAGUUCAAAGAAGUUCAGCCUGAGGUUUUUGGUACCUCGAAGAACAAGCAAUUGAAAUCCCCACAGAAUUAAGCGUAUUUCGGUUGUCGCAAACAAGUCCUGUGAAGGCACACGAGGGACUUUGUUUAUUUCGCCCCACCUGUGCAGUUGAACCUGAUGGUUUCCUUUUGUGGUGUCUGCAUGUCUCAUUUUGAGGUGGUUGUUCGUCUGUACAACUACUUUUGAGAAGUUGCUUGGGCUUUCCAAUAAGUUGAGUAUACUUUGUGGUUUUCAUAUGAAUUGCAGUUUUGUUGUGGUUUUCCUGUUGUGCCAAGUUGAGGCAAAUAGAUCAGAAUACUUUAAUGACCCUGUGGAAUUUGUUGUCGUGUAUCAGUCUUUAUUUUUUUAAAGCUUCUUUUGUUUGUUUAAAAAAUCAUACAUUUAUUUAAACAUUUCAGAGAUUUACAGCACCGGUUUGUCAGGGUUGAUCAUUUUAACCUUAAUUAUUACUGAAUACUCUAUGCCAUUUUAUUUAUGCAGUUGGUUAUGUGUAAGUUAUAAAGUUAUUGUAAAUACAAAACUAUUAUCUGUGCUUCUGAGUCAUAUUUUUGACUAUCAUAAGAUUAUCAAGAGGUAUAUUUUAUUUCAGUCUCCUUAACAUGGUAUUAAAAUGUGAUUUUAACUAAAGAGAUUCUAAGCUAUACAAAUAUUUUUUAUAAAUAUUUUGACAUUAAAUUAUUGCUAAGAAUACGUUUUACAGAGCCCACUGUCAAGUUGAUUUAAGAUGCUCCAACAAUAAUAUGUUUUGCCAAAUAAAUAACUUUUCUAUGUCAACCUUAAUGUAGGCUGUGUUCUGGCCACUCAUUGUUUAUAUACACUACCAGAUAGAAAAACUAAUGAAAUAAUGCUUCUUUAUUUACAAAAUAAACAA